GGAGGUCGAUCUGGGCUGCCAGCGCUUCUUCGUCGUCGUCGUCUUCAUUUAUUCUCCUUGAUCCUGCUAAUAAUAUAUCAAACCGGGACAUUGUCUUUUUCGCUUCUGAGAUCGGCCUUGCUCCUUCGUCCUUUCGUUCCUCUUUUUCUACACCUCGCUCCUCUGUAUGCAUGCAUGCUUUCUUGUGGCUCCGUGCUCUCCGUUGGGAUACUUUGAACUCCCUGUGUGACACCCUGCGGAUGGCGAUCCAGAGACGCUGAAGCCGCAAAGUUACAUCGUCUCCAUUUAAAAGACGGUGGAAACUUCAAGACGUACCAAACAUCAGCCCACUUUUAUACUUAAGCUGGCCCAAACCCGCACUCAGCGGCUUGCAUCGGUGCGCGCUCAGAAAACAACCCCCCCUAUGUGGCCGCAUUCAGGCGACACAAGGGGAGACGGAUCUUAGCAGAAACGGCCUCAGAAGAGACACGUUGUUAUGGAUGGGAUCAGAAUGGCAGCCCGACCUGCUGCAACUCCAGCUCCUGACCUGACGGCAAACCCUCCCUUCUCCCCGCAUCGAUCUCCGUCCCCGCCGCCACAACACCGCCGGGGAUAUCAGGCUUGCGACCCGUGCCGGAAACGUAAAGUCAAAUGCGAUCUCGGGAGUGUCGACAACCCCCGCCCACCACCAUGCGUCCGCUGUCGUCGCGAGAGCAAACGCUGCGAGUUCUCAGCCACCAGGCGCAAGCGCAAGGUGUCGGAUGACGAUGACAAGUCAAACGUCCUCCGCAGGGACAAGCGCAUGAUGUCUGCUGAUGGCGCCCUGCCACCCGACGACGCGACGAAUAAUACCAAGGUUAACGGCGUUACAUCCCAUCUCAGAGGUGCCGUACCACCACCACCCUACGAGCCCGAUGUCAGGCCAUCUGGUCAGCGCCAGUGGGGUGAUUCCCCCUCCGCCCAUGCCCAUCGAAUCUCUCUUCCAAGUAGUCAACCAUACCCCGCUCCGACCUCCGUCCCCUCCGAUCAAUAUCACCAUCCUCUUCCUCGCUCCUCCAGCUUCUCUGGUCACGUACGCCCUAUCCUGACGGGCGUGCUGGACAGCGGGCAGCACGUAAUGAACAAGACUGCCGCUGAGCUGCUGUCACCGGCGAUCAGCAACACCCAUGAUGCACUCCACCUGCUCUCUGAAGCCGCUGGGAGGACGGAGGACUUGAACCGGCAACACAUGGAGUACGGCUACGGUGUUCGCCAUUCUUCCACGUCGACGUUCAACUCGUCUGCCUCUCCGAUGAACCAGGCUGGGACCCCCGGCGGCAAGGCUAGCAGGUCAAACUCCAGCACCCAGCAGGGUGCCCCCAUGGGAUGGUACCAGCAAAACAAAGAUUCAAACACUACCGAUCCUCUCGUCGAAGGGCAUGAGGUUGUUAUUCCUAGUCCACCCAGACCGCUCGAGGACGUCGAGUAUGCUAAUGCUCGACGAGCGUGGUCGCGCCUUCGAUUCGUCCGAGCAGGAUGGUUCAGUGUGGACGAAGCGAUGGCGUACAUUGCAUACUACUAUGAACACCUUGCUCCGCUCAGCCCAAUUGUCAUCCAGAACUUUAGCUCUCCAGCGACCCAUGUAACUCUCCUGACCGAGGAACCGGUCUUGACUGUGACUAUGCUUACAAUAGCUUCUCGUCAUAUGAAGCUAUCUGGUAAUGGCGCUAAUUCUAGAGCAUAUUCUAUCCACGAGAAGCUGUGGUCAUAUCUUCGAGGUAUGAUUGAACGGCUUAUCUGGGGACAAGAGAAGUUUGGCUCAAGUGGCCUGCCAUCCGCGAAGCCUCGUCAAUUCAAUCUAUCCACAUCCUUCUUUGGUCAACAGUCCAAACUAAAUGGCAAUCUACGGUCUCUGGGGACCGUGGAGGCGCUCCUCCUUCUCACAGAUUGGCAUCCGCGUGCUCUACAUUUCCCUCCAGGAGAUGAUGAGAAUACCCUGCUUGAUACAGAUCCCCAACUGCUUACUCAAGUCAGUGGCACUAAGGAAGAAGAAGGUUAUUCUGAAAACAAAGACCACGGUAGCAGCUCCGAAGGCCGCCUUGCGUUUUAUAAAUGGCUGGAACCCGUAUGGCGUUCGGACCGCAUGUCGUGGAUGUUAUUGAGUACGGCCCAGGCUCUGGCGUUUGAGCUUGGUGUGUUCGAUCAAAAGAAUGAGCUCAAGGGCGGCAACGAGUGUUCGGCUGAACAUGUGAGAAAACGUCGUGUGCGCCGGUUAAUACUUGUUUAUGUUUCACAGAGCAGUGGGAGGCUAGGUAUUCCGUCAAUGUUGCCUCUACCGCAAUGGAGCUUGAGCACGGAACCAGUUUGUGCGGAUAACUCGAACUCGCGAGAGGCGAAGGAGGAGUUCUCUGUGGACUUGAUGCAGGAUUGCUGGCUGGACAUCUCUAAAAUAAUGUACAACAGCAACCAGGUGCUCUUCCCGUCGAAGGAGUACACGACGAAUUUGAUCAAAACAGGUCAGUAUCGGGACAGGAUAGCCGAAUUCAUCCCGUCUCUUAGGGAAUUCAAGCAGAAGUGUGAUCGGUUGCCGAUGUCUCAGGAUAUGCGUCUCAUAUUGACAAUCGAGUACGAAUAUACCCGAUUGUAUGUGAACUGCUUGGCGCUGCAAGCUGUGGUCGAUCGUUGGACGACCAUGUCCAACGAGGGUUCUUCCAACAUGGGCCAAACCCAGUCCAGCGGGGCAGCUACUGGGCAGAACUCAAAUUCAGGAACCGUUCCCUUACGUGUUCUCAUGGAUCAGUAUGAAGUCAACGAGCCGUACAUUCAGGAGGUGGUGGAUGCCUCUCGAAAGAUAUUGCAGACAGUGCUGGAAGGCUUGGUUCCUGGGGACCGCUUGAAGCAUGCACCCGUCCGAACAUUCUUUAGGAUACUUUCUGGAAUGAUCUUUAUCUUGAAGACGUUUACGUUGGGUGCAAAAGAAGACGACGUGAGAAUAUCACUCGAACUUCAAGACCGCACCAUCGAAUCCUUACGAACCUGUAUAGUGGACGAUGUCCACCUAAGUGUCACCAUAGCAGAUCUUCUUCAGCUGCUUACGUCGAACAUCCGAACGAGGUUCUUGCGGUUCGCACCUUUUGACCGCGUGGAUUGCAGCAGUCGAGAACGCACCCCUCUACCAGCUUCCAGACAGCAGUCCCCGCAAGCCCGCGACAGCCAGAGCGACAUCCGCUGGCAGACGAAUCCUCUAGGCCAAGGCACAGGAAACUUCCAAUUCGACAACUCCAACCACAGCAGCUCCGCGCCAUCCACCACCAACGAUCCACUCGCCAGCAUCCCCGCACAACCGAUCAAUUCCUCCAACAUUAACGUAUCCUUUAUGCCCCCUCCACCGUCUGUCUACUAUAACUACUACGACCACAGCACUUCUCCGAAGAUGGAAGUCGACGACCCCACGAUAGCUCCGCAGUCGAUCAGCACCAGCGGGCCAGGAUCGAAUUCGAAUACCAUGUCUGAUUGGUUUGCCUUGCCGCUUGACCAGUUCUUCAACAGCUCUACGGCUGGCGUUGACCAGGGACUCGGCGGUACCGGGCCUAUGGUCGGCGAGUUCGACAUGUUGGAAGUGUUGCUGAAAGACCAGUAUACCGAUAGCGGCGCCGGUGGUGGCGGUGGUGGAGGAGCAGGAGGGGGCGGCGGCGGUGCUGGCAACAGUGGCUCCGGCGGAGCUGGCGGCUCGAACGGCGCCGGACUAUCAUCUCAAUUUCUUUGAUGUGAAUGAAUGAAUGAAUGGUUUUAUUUUUGUGGGAAACAGUACAUAAAUUAUAUAUAUACAUAUAUACCCUCUUUAUGUCUCUCUUUUUGGGUUAUUAAAAACGGAUCAAUGGACGCUAGAAAGGAUUGCGAGGGGCAAAGGGUAUCUGUGCUGUUUGGAACUGCAUUUGCGUAUGUUAUUUUCACUUUCCCGUGUUUGUCUAUCUCCUGGAGUGUGCGGCUUGAUCUACUUCGUGGAGAACUACUGAGAUUACUGAUUAGUAUUUAGUAUAUUGAGCUAAAGUAGAGAGAUGUCUAAAUAUUCAUAUAUGGAUAUAAAAAAGCUUCAUUUAAAUAGUCUUAUCUUCACACGCAACGGCAGCCAUCCAAUCCUAUGACAACAUUGCACUAGUCAUUAUCCUAAGGUAGUAGCUAGUGCGAGCUGCCAUGAACGUCUCGCCAGCAUUAUCCCCAAGGGAAAACUUGGAAGCUCCGCUUUCACCCCGUCAGCACGGCCUCCAGGAGCCUUCUGUCUUCACCUUCGGCCAAGUUGGGAGGUGCCCACGACCCAACUAACGUAAACCCAGCCCGAUCCAACAGAGAUUCAAACUGCUUUUUCGUUCGUUCCAGAGCCGAAAAAUUUGCCAUCAUCAUAAAAUCUAUGGACGCCGAAAGCAGUGUCACUCCCGUCUCAGGGAGGACGUUUUCGCUGACGAGGAGUAUCGAGUCUGGACCCAUCGCGUUUUUGAUGUGUUCGAGUAUCUUCAGUGCCUGCGUUUCAGGCCAAUCGUGAAGUAUGUUUGAAAGGUAAUAAGCCUUUGCAUGUUUGAUGGGCUGUGGGGAGAAGAAAUCAUGCUCCAUGGCUCGUAUGCCAGCGGGCAACUCGUUCACAUCUUUGAGGACAGCAGGGAUAUCUUGAAGAAUCAGUUCUCCUGGCAGGUCUGGAUAUUGCUCUUUGAAAGCGAUGAGGUCGUGUCCUCUUCCACCACCAAUGUCGACAAGGAGCGGAUCCGAAGUUGACCCCAGCUGCAGUUUUGUUAGGACUGGAAAGUACUCAAACCAAUUUGUGCCCUGCGCCGUUCGAGAUAUGCUCAAUACACUGUUGAACGCAUGCUGGAGCCGUGGCUUCGUGGCAAGCCAGUCAAAACAAUGCAAGUGUGUCUUUCGUGCGAAUUGGAAGACACCAUCGUAGGCGUCGUCGGGGU